GUAAAACUAUUGAAGUGUCUCCAUGUAAAGAGAUUUUUGUUUUAGUUUCUAAUGAAAUUAUACAACAGACAUUUUUUAUUUUUUUUUUAAUAAUAGACAUUUUUAAAAUUUUAAUAUAGACAAUCUAUUUUUUUACAUUCAAAUAUCACAAGGAUGAUGAUCAAAUUACAACAAUCAUUGUGAUUCUUUGGAAAGAUUAUCUGCUGCAACGCUAAAAAUGUGAAUAUAUCAUUCAUACCCUCCUAAAAUUCUUCAAAUGUCAUUCAACAGAGGGAUCUUUUUUUUUAUUUUUUUUAUAAGCUCUGCUAGGUCAGGAAUUUACAAUUAAAAUUGCAGUAUUGCUUUCUUUCUUUUUUUUUUUUUUUUUCCAAAAGAGGGGAAAAAUCUAAUCUCUUUGUGGAAACUCUCAUGCAUAGAACUUAUUAAUUCAGCAAUACAAUAUAAUUUACCUUUUUUUAUUUUUUUUUUAAAAAACUAAUAACAGCAAUAUAACAUACAUUAUUAAAAUAAAAUUAGGGAUACGAUUGCAAGUAAUUGAAGUAACAUUGUUCGGUUCAAACCCAAAAUAUAUGUAAGAAACUUCUCCAGUUUUAGUCUGACUUCAGCCACCGCCAUUCCGCCACCCACAGCCACCAGUGACCCGACCCGGUUUCCACCAAAUUUCAAAAAUCUCCAUCCUCUUUCAGAGUUCCAGACUUGGCCUCCAACUCUGCCGCCUUCCACCGCCCAUCUCCGCCGUCGCACACAUUCAUGGCCUGUAAACAAACCAUUGUUUGUAAACACAGCCGGUAAUUAUUUACUAAGAAGGAAAAGAAAACACAAUGGCAACCAAAGCUCCGGCAGCUCCAGGAGCAGCAGGGACAGCUUCCGGCAAGAAGAAUAAGAAGAAAGGGCGGCCUCCAAGUAAUGGGAACAAUAAUGUUGCGGAAGCUACUAAGAUUAAAAUCUCCCAGAUUCUCGAGCAAUUUCGUGCUUCAAGUGACCUGGUGUACACAUUUGAACCCAACCUAAACAACUAUGAGCGUGCUGCGGUGCAUGUACUGUGUAGGAAAAUGGGUAUGAAAUCCAAAAGUUCUGGGAAUGGGGGUCAACGUCGUGUUUCUGUUUAUAAAACGAAGAAGAAAGCUGACAGCAUGAAUGGACAGGAAAAUCUUACUUCUUUCACAUUUUCAGUAGAGGCAGGGGAUGUGCUAUGUGAUAUGUUCAUGCAUUAUCCUCCCGGUGAUAAUGAGAUCAGUCAGUAUAUGGUCGAAGAGCAACAUGAGAAAUCUCAUAGAUUGCGAGGAAAGAAAGAUGACAUGUUUAGCAAGCCUUUUUUUAACAAAUCUGACAUUGAAAAGAAGAUCGAAGGAUAUAAUUCACGAGUUGAAAAGAGCCCCAACCUAAAACAGAUUACUGAAGGAAGAGCUAAGCUUCCGAUUGCAUCCUUUGCAGAAGCCAUCAAAUCAACUGUAGCAUCAAAUCAGGUAGUUCUUAUAUCUGGUGAAACUGGAUGUGGAAAAACUACACAGGUCCCCCAGUUUCUACUGGAUCAUAUGUGGGGCAAAGGGGAGAAUUGUAAAAUAGUCUGUACGCAGCCACGGCGUAUCUCUGCUAUAUCUGUUGCCGAAAGAAUUUCUGCUGAAAGAGACGAAAGUGUUGGAGAUACCAUUGGGUACAAGAUAAGGCUGGAAAGUAAAGGUGGAAGGAAUUCAUCUGUUGUAUUCUGCACCAAUGGGGUUCUGUUGAGGGUUUUAGUCUCCAGAGGAAGUGACAGGACAAGUAAAAGUCCUACAAGAAAAGCGGCGAGGGAUGUUGCUUCUGAUAUAACUCACAUCAUUGUGGAUGAGAUUCAUGAGAGGGAUCGCUACUCUGAUUUCAUGCUGGCAAUUCUCAGAGAUAUGCUUCCGUUGUAUCCAAAUCUACGAUUGGUACUAAUGAGUGCCACAAUAGAUGCUGACCGUUUUUCAAAUUAUUUUGGUGGCUGUCCAAUAAUCCGAGUUCCAGGGUUCACUUAUCCGGUAAAAAUUUUCUUCCUGGAGGAUGUACUUACCAUUGUGAAAUCUAAUGAAGAUAAGAACCUCAAAUUUCCUUUAGAAAGUAAUGAAACUGAGGAAUCCAUGUUAACUGAGGAAUAUAAGGUUGCACUUGAUGAAGCCCUUACUUUGGCUCUGACAGCUGACGACUUGGAUUCCCUACGAGAUCUGAUCUCUUCUGAAGGUGGUCAAAAGUUUUUAAAUUACCAACAUUCUUCAACUGGGAUGACUCCAUUGAUGGUAUUUUCUCUUAAAGGCAGCAUUGGUGACAUUUGUAUGCUCCUUUCUCUUGGUGCUGACUGCCACUUACGUGCUAAUGAUGGAACUACUGCGCUUGACUGUGCUGAAAAAGGCAACCAGGGAGAAGCUGUUGAAAUAUUACGAAAACAUAGUAAUGAGACUUCUUGCGGCUCCCUGGAGGAGCAACUUCUUGAAAAGUACUUGUCAAAUUUUAAUCCUGAACUUAUUGAUGACGCACUUAUUGAGAAACUUCUAAAAAGAAUAUGCAUUGAUUCCAAGGAUGGUGCAAUUCUUAUUUUUCUUCCCGGGUGGGACGACAUUAACCGUACAAGGGAAAGGUUAAACUCUAGCCCUUACUUCAGGGACCCAUCUAAGUUUGUAAUUAUUUCUUUACAUUCUAUGGUACCGAGUGUGGAGCAAAAGAAGGUAUUUAAAAGGCCUCCUCUAGGUUGCCGGAAGAUUAUUCUCUCAACCAACAUUGCUGAGACAGCAGUUACCAUUGACGAUAUUGUUUAUGUCAUAGACACCGGACGAAUGAAGGAAAAAAGCUAUGAUCCUUAUAAUAAUGUAUCAACUCUCCAAUCUUCUUGGAUUUCCAAAGCCAGUGCGAAACAGAGAGAAGGGAGAGCAGGACGUUGUCAACCGGGUAUCUGUUAUCAUCUUUAUUCCAAACUUCGAGCAGCCUCUUUACCUGAUUUCCAAGUUCCUGAGAUUAAGAGAAUGCCGAUUGAAGAACUAUGUCUGCAGGUGAAGCUUAUUGAUCCAAAUUGCAAGAUAGAAGAUUUCUUGCGGAAAACAUUGGACCCACCUGUUUAUGAGACCAUAUAUAAUGCAAUCAUUGUUCUCCAAGAUAUUGGAGCUUUGACUCUUGAUGAGAAACUCACUACACUUGGGACAAAGAUAGGAGCUCUCCCUGUUCAUCCACUUACUAGCAAGAUGCUUUUGAUUGCCAUAUUAUUGAACUGUCUUGACCCAGCAUUAACUCUAGCUUGCGCUUCUGAUUACCGUGAUCCAUUUACACUUCCAAUGCUACCCAAUGAUAGGAAGAGAGCUUCAGCUGCUAAAUCAGAAUUGGCUUCACUCUAUGGUGGCUCUAGUGACCAAUUAGCUGUUGUAGCUGCCUAUGAAGGUUGGAAAUGUGCUAAAGAAAAAGGUCAAGAAGCGAGAUUUUGUUCAGAGUAUUUCAUCUCUGCAACCGCAAUGCGUAUGAUUUCAGGAAUGAGGAAGCAACUCCUCUCGGAAUUACUACGAAAUGGAUUUCUAACUGGAGAUGAAUCUUCCUUUAGCUUGAACGCUCAUGACUCGGGAAUACUGCAUACUGUUCUUGUAGCUGGUUUGUACCCAAUGAUUGGGAGAUUUCUUCCACCCAUUAAAGGUGGAAAGAGAUCCUUUAUAGAGACGGCAGGAGGUGAUAAAGUACGGUUGCACCCUCAUUCCACUAACUCAAGGUUAUCAUAUGGGAAAUGCCAUGAUAAGCCUAUAAUUGCCUAUGACGAGAUAACUCGAGGAGAUGGAGGUUUGCACAUUAGAAACUGCAGUAUUAUUGGGCCACUACCAUUGUUAUUACUUGCAACAGAAAUCGUGGUGGCACCCACAAAUGAAGAUGAAGACGAAGAUAAUGAGGAGGGAAGUGAAUAUGAAGGCUCGGAUGAUGAUUUUGAUGAAAAUAAGGCAGGGAAUAAUGUUGAAUCAAAUGCACAGAAAAUCAUGUCUUCUCCUGAUAAUAAACUUAAAGUUAUUGUGGAUCGGUGGUUGGCUUUCGAGUCUAAGGCGCUUGAUGUUGCUCAAAUUUACUGCCUAAGAGAGAGAUUGUCGGCUGCAAUUUUAUACAAAGUGACAAACCCAGGCAAGGUUCUUCCGGAAAUGCUCGUGGCAUCCAUAUAUGCAAUAGUACGCAUUCUUUCAUAUGAUGGGAUGUCUGGGAUUCCGCUGCCUUCGGAGUCUGUUGACAUGCUUGCUUCAAUGGUUGAUUCAACUGCCAUUGGGCCAUCAACUAAUGGAAGAGGAAAAGGAAUAGGCCAUAAUCCUAGAAGCUUCUUAAGGUCACUUAUUUUUCCAGUGAAAAAUAAAAUGCCAGCAUUUUUUGAAGCUCAAGUGUUGAGGAGCAGCAAUGCUUCAUCAAGCCAAAACCAACGGCCUGCAGUUUCUUCUGUAGGCAUGAUGAAUGUGCAGCCAAGGGUUCCAGGUCAAGGUUUAAGGGAUCAUCACAGUAAGCGGCAACGUCGGCAACGUGGAAAUGAACCUUGACUACUUUUGUAGCCUUGAUUUGGUAUGAACUCGUGUAUAACCAAGUUCUGUUUAGCACGAACUUGUGUAUUACCCAGAUACUAUGAUGUUGGAUUAGAUCUCUGUGAAAGCAAAAAAAACAAAUGAUAUAAGGUCAUUGACUCCGCUGCAUUUUUAAUGUAUUUAAAGAAUUCUUGUAAUCUCGGCAGUCUAUUUUGUAUAGUUGUGAAGUGUUGUUUUGUGCUUUUUUAUGGUUAAUUUCAUCUGGUCCUGAUAACUUCCGAAUGCAAGGUGAUCUUUAGCAAGGCUGCCAACUGUUUUCUUUCCGGUGACUGGCUCAUGGAAUUAUCCAGGCACAGGUAGGCUUGUGUUUCUUUCUGUUUAACAUUUUGAGGCUUUCCUUUUGAAUGUAUAAUCUAUUUUGUGUGCUUUUUAGUGGUCAGCAAUUGCUAUUAUGGUGAUGAUCUUUAAAUCUGAGCUUGGGUAAUAUCUCUAUGUGCUUUGGAACUCCAGGGUCAGGAACUGAGUUUGCAAGAUUGUGUUGAUUUUCUCCAAGAUCUGGACAAUUUAUCAUUUUGAGGGGACAUUUCUUGUUGAUUGGUUAUGUAGUAGUUUAGGAAGUAGUCUCUUGGGUGAGUACGUUGAAACCAAAGCUAGGAAGGUAUGCUCAACAUGUAUUCCAUGAAUAAGUAAAUCAGGUUCAUAGUCAUUUAUACGUACCCUUUAAGAAAGUAAAUCAGGUUCAUAGUCAUGUAUACAUUUGUAUUCAGGGUUUUUCCUUCUUGGUGCAAAUGUUAAUUCUGACUCUUGAUGAAAGUUUUAGGCUUUGUUAUUCUGGCUACAAUAAAUCCAGCUACGUUUAGGUGGUUGAUGAGAGUUUUUACUCUAAGAAGUUGCCAGAUGGAAGUUACUUCUACAAAUGUUGCUUCUAGCAUAUGUGAAUUUUUGAAAGCACACUUGUUGCAAUAUUGAUGGCUGAUGCUAUAAUUCAUCGUAAUUUUCCUGUAAAUGAGGAUGGAAUUUGCUCCAUGUUUGGAGUAGAUGGAUAAUUCAAAUUGUUAAAAGCAUGCCUAUUGUUUGAGUG